AUGGAUAGAGGGAUACCAAUGGGGAAGUGGAACCUUGUGCUGGCUAUCUUCACAUUGCUUAUGACCUCCAUUUUCGUGCUGCUUUCAGUGUUCACUCUGCCGAAUUACCUCGAGAACUCAUUUGAUCUGUUUUGGCUUAGCUCCGGAUUCAGCAGUAGCAGCAGCUUGAAUCUGCAUUGGCUUCAGUCCCAUCCAUUCAGGAAACUAGCUGAGGUCUACUACCCACAUACCAGAAUUCAGAAACCUUGGAAUAUGAGCGAGGAUCGUUCUCCUUGGUCACCAUUGAGGGCUGAACUCACAUUUGCAGCGAAUUCUGCACCAUUCAACAGUUGCCAUGCUUCUACCAUUGUUGAGGUAGCGAAAGGCCAUUUUUUGGCUGCCUAUUUUGGUGGCACAUCAGAAGGAGCCCCUGAUGUGAAAAUUUGGAUCCAGACAUACAAGGAUGGAAUUUGGAAGCCUCCUGUAAUUGCUGAUGAACAACCUGAUGUGCCCAUGUGGAAUCCUGUUCUGUUCAAACUACCAUCAAAUGAGUUGUUGCUGUUCUACAAAGUUGGCCAGGAAGUGCAAAAGUGGAGCGGAUGUAUGAAGAGAUCAUACGAUAAAGGUGCCACUUGGACAGAAAGAGAGCAACUUCCUCCAGGUAUAUUAGGGCCAUCAAAGAACAAGCCUCUCCUGCUUGAAAAUGGGAACUUGCUUUGUGGGUCAUCUGUAGAAAGCUGGAAUUCUUGGGGAUCAUGGGUGGAGGUGACUGCAGAUGCUGGCAGGACAUGGAAGAAGUACGGGCCGAUUUACAUCAAGAACGAGUCCCUCAGCGUAAUUCAACCCGUACCAUACAAGACCUCAAAGGGCUCGUUACGAGUCUUGAUGAGAUCGUUUGCUGGCAUCGACAGAGUCUGCAUCUCGGAAUCCUUUGAUGGUGGUGUGAACUGGGGAUAUGCAACCCCCACCAAACUCCCCAACCCAAACUCAGGCAUAGAUGGAGUCAAGCUCAGAGAUGGCAGGGUUCUCCUUGCUUACAACACAGUCUCCAGGGCAGUGCUCAAAGUUGCAGUCUCCAAAGACGACGGAGACUCGUGGCACGACAUUGUAACGCUAGAAGAGCAGCAAGGGAUGGAGUUCUCUUACCCUGCAGUAAUCCAGGCUAGCGACGGACUGGUUCACAUCACUUAUACCUACAACAGGACGCAGAUUAAGAGCGGCGGAGGAAAGAAAAUGGGGUGUUCGACUGCCUAUCUUGCGGCCUCCGCCACCAGCUCCGUUUGUUUCCUUCGUCGCCUGUCACCAACCGGUGGAACUCUCAACUUUCCGUUUUCAGCUACUUACGGUGGUGGGAGAAUAUGGAGGCUGAAUUGCCGACGAAAGUCGGCUGUAAUGUGUAAAACCACCGGCGGCGGGACUAAGGACAAGGAAUCUGCUUCACCACCAGAUGUCGAUCUCGACUACCUGGAAGAUGCCGGAGGCGGGCGGCAGCAAUCGGCGAUGGAGAAAUUGGUGGAGACGGGAGUGUUGGUGUCGCCUUUCUUCUUCUGGGGCACCGCCAUGGUGGCGAUGAAGGAGGUUCUGCCCGUGACCGGUCCGUUCUUCGUCGCGUCGUUUCGGCUGAUUCCGUCGGGUUUGUUGCUGGUCGCGUUUGCUGCGGCAACUGGGAGGCCGUUCCCCUCUGGAAUCAAUGCUUGGCUCUCCAUCACGCUUUUUGCCAUCAUUGAUGCUUCCUGUUUUCAGGGGUUUCUGGCUGAAGGUCUGCAGAGGACUGCUGCAGGUUUAGGCAGCGUGAUUAUUGACUCCCAACCGCUGACCGUGGCUGUACUUGCAGCCCUGCUGUUCGGCGAAUCCAUCAGCUAUGUGGGAGCAAUAGGGCUUGUCCUUGGCGUCGUAGGACUUCUACUUCUGGAGGUUCCAGCACUUUCGUCUUUUGAAGGGACUAGUUUCUCUCUGUGGGGAAGUGGAGAACUGUGGAUGCUUCUUGCUGCACAGAGCAUGGCAGUUGGCACUGUGAUGGUCCGCUGGGUCUCGAAAUAUUCAGAUCCCGUCAUGGCAACUGGAUGGCACAUGGUCAUUGGUGGUCUGCCUCUUGUGGCAAUCUCGAUUCUCAAUCACGAUCCGGCCUUUAGUGGCAGCCUGAAGGACCUUGCUGCGAGCGACGUUUUGGCACUGCUUUACACCUCUAUUUUUGGAAGUGCUGUCAGUUAUGGUGUAUACUACUACAAUGCAACAAAAGGUAGCCUGUUGAAGCUCAGUUCCCUUACAUUUUUAACCCCAGUAUUUGCUUCCGUUUUCGGGUUUCUGUAUCUGAGUGAGACCUUUUCACCUGUCCAACUGGUUGGCGCGGCUGUUACCCUGGUCGCGAUAUACAUGGUUAACUACCGUGGUGAUGUUGAAUGA